CGCAGCCUCAACCCAGCCCUUCUGCGGGCUCGCUGGAGCCCUGCUAGGUGGGCCCAGGCUACUGGCCUGAGCCCCUUCUUUUCUCGGCUGGCACUCGGGGGCGGGCUGGCCACAAUGACAGGCAAGUGAGACACGAGAUCUAAGGGAGCAGCGAUGGCAGUGUUUCUGGAGGCCAAGAAUGCCCAUUCUGUCCUGAAACGGUUCCCUCGUGCCAAUGAAUUCCUGGAGGAGCUGCGCCAGGGUACCAUCGAGCGAGAGUGCAUGGAGGAAGUCUGCAGCUACGAGGAGGUCAAGGAGGUGUUUGAGGACAAAGAGAAAACGAUGGAGUUCUGGAAGGGGUACCCGAAUGCAGUCUACUCAGUUCGAGACCCUACACAAAGCCCAGAUGCCAUGUAUGUGGUCGUUCCUCUUCUGGGGGUGGCGUUGCUGAUUGUCAUUGCCUUGUUCAUCAUCUGGAGGUGCCAGCUGCAUAAAGCCACACGACAUCACCCCUCGUAUGCUCAGAACCGGUACCUAGCCAGUCGCGCAGGGCACAGCCUCCCCCGGGUCAUGGUGUACCGGGGCACUGUGCAUAGCCAGGGGGAGUCCUCUGCGCACCGUGAGGCAGGGAGCAAUCCUCAGGUGGUGCUGGGGCCUAGUCGAGGGGGCAGAACCACGGUCCACCUUGAGAGCACCCUCUACCUCCCUGAGCUCUCUCUCUCCAGGCUGUCCAGUGCCACCCCUCCCCCAUCCUACGAGGAGGUAACUGCACCCCAGGAGAGCAGCAGUGAGGAGGCAAGUGUCUCUUACAGUGACCCACCCCCAAAGUAUGAGGAGAUAGUGGCCACCAACCCUGGCUCAGACAAGUAGUAGGACUCAUGUCCUGUCCAGUAUGAAAGCCUCUUUCAGGGGUCUCUUAUUUUAUUUUUAACUUCUUAAAGACUGUGCCACCACAAAACAGCCUUAGCCUCCUUGUUGCCAAAUAAUUUCCUAACCGUGGAUUUGUAGGAAGUCAGUUGUCAGAGACAGGUGGAGGGGGGUAGGGAACACACCUGCGUCAAAGCCCCUGGGGAGAGCUACAGGCCAGAGAGCUCAGCUCUUCCAGAAGCUCCCAUGCUCCUGCCAUGCUGUCUUCUCAUCAGGAACUGGCUUCUCUUAUGCCAAAGGUAUUACACCAUUGAGUUGAUUGUGGCCAGAAUGUCCAUAGGCUCAGGCCCUGGGGCUGUGCAGCUGGCUGGAGACCUGUCUGUGUUUGGAUGCCUAGGCCACAGAGAUGAGGGAGAGAAGCUAGCCCUUCAGCAACACCCUUUCCUCAACAGUCCUGUGCUUUCUGUCCUUGCUUACAUUUUGAGGACAGGGACAGGACUGAACAAAAAACAAAAACAGUAAUAACAAAUAAAUGACCAACACAAUAAAACAAAACAAUAUAACGGGCCAUUUAUAGGUGACUGGGGGAAGUCAGCUCUGUGAUACUCCCCUGCCCCAACAUCUGCCCCGACUCCAGAUUAAAAGGAAUAUCUAGAGCAAGCUGGAAGGAGGGCAGGGUGUGUGAAGGAUGAGAGGCAGGGGCCCGGCUGCCAGAUUGAACACGAGGCCCACAUGAACUUUGCCAUCCUGGGGGCUAGCUCUGCUUCUAGUGUGCUUGGCCUCCUGAAGACCUUGGCUUUCCAGAUGUGUACUGGCUGUGCUAAAACUGCUACCCACUGGCAUGAGCCCAAUUAUAGCCCUGGAAAAACUAAUGCUGGUGACCCUGCCUGGGAAGCCCAUGGCCUCUGUGUGGUUGGGGCUACAGGCUGGAGCAGAGAGCUGAAGUUUUCUCCUAAUGAGGUUGAUUGGCCCAUGGGAUGCUUAAACCCAUGAACUUGGCCUCCUCAGCACUGUGCUUUCUGGCUUUGAACUUUUAGGGUUUUUCCCUUUUCACAAGUAGGUGCAAUGAGUUGAACUUGAACUUCAGAUGAUUGAUUUCUCCUUAAUAAUGGUGCCCACCUGGGGAAAAGAUCCUGAAGUGUCCCUUUUUAGAAAUUUCUUGACAAGGGAGAUGGGGAAGCCUGUGACCUGGGGUCAAAGGCCCAUCCAGGGUGUUGCCAGGUGCUGGCAUUUUUAAUAACCCCUUUCUGUGGCCCAGAGGCUGCCUGUGCAUUUCAGUGAGGCUUUGGACAGUAGGGGGGCAGAAGUGACCCAGCCUUUAACUGUCUGUGACCAUGCGAAAGACUCUCAACACCGCCUCCCCCACCCUUGCAUGUCCAUCUUCCUGACCUCCGUGCCAAAUCAUUUUUUGUCUGUGGUGCUUUAAAAAAUGUAGCAAAUUUUUGUGGGGCCCAAAAGAGUGCAAAGCCAGGGUCUAUUGGCAACCACAGCAGUUUCAAACCCACUGAGAAGACAAGCUUCUUUCUGUCAAAACAGCUCUCUGAGGCAGGCAUCAGGCCUCAUUCUCUGAAUGAAGCCCUGCCUUGAGGCUACAGAUGACUUCUGGAGGCCCCUCCAGUCCUGAAGACUUGCCCAGGGACAUGCUUCAAGUUAGGAGGCUUCUGUUCUUAUCCCAAUGAGUCCACCAGCUUGGACAACUUGACUCGGUGGCUGGGGUUUUCUAUCCCUCCCCCUACCUCCCAGGCCUAUUUGAGGCUGACUGAGCUAAUGCCUGUGCAGUUCUUAAAGCACCAGGGAGCCAGUGCAGUUUUCCCUUAGGAAGAUUCUUCUAGAAAUGUGUAGCUUAUAGGGGACCAGUCUUAGUGGAGGCCUUCGUGUGACUGUGAUGUUGAGUCUCAACCUGGACAUUUGGUCUCCUGCCAGUUGACACUUUCUGUCCCGUCCUUCUCUGAGAGCUCCCUGAUGCCCGAGGUGCUGACCUGGUGGCAUUCCAGCUUUCCUUUCUUCCUCUUUUCCUCCCUCUGGGCCUCUAACACUGCAGUCCUACCCUUCCUCACAAAUGUAUUUUUGGCCUACAAAGGCCCUGCUUUACCACGAUGGAGGCCAUGGUCAGUCGUGUUUGGUCAUGUUGGAGGACCUGGGGCAGCCUGAAGCUCAGGGGCCAGCCCAGCUUUCCCAAUACUUCCUCAGGCAGGUGCCUGCGUGUGACCUGGGAGCAUGGGAGGAGUCAGUUACCCCUAUGUAUCUCCUCCCCACUGAGAAGAGAGCCAAGCAUUGGCCCCACUGACAAGAGCCAAAGAGAGUAUGUCAAGGAAUGCCUGCUGCCUUUGGCAUCUGUUGAGCCCUUCCCUGCCAAGCUGGGUGGAGAUGGGAGGGAGCAGGAAGCAGGAACCUGGCCUGGUGGAGGACAGCAUGUGUUAUGUCCUUCAGGCGCUGAGUGAGGGCCUACAGGGAGAGCUCACAGGCAGCUCCUAGGGUCCUGUGUUCUGUUCAGGUGCUUGGCAGCAUUCUUCCAGGUGGGCUUGCCACCGUGGUCUCUGGGAUGUUUUUUGUUUUUGUUUUGUUUUUGUUUUUGUUUUUGUUUUGCGGUACACUGUAGAAAAAAGACUGUACAGUAUACAAUGGUCAUAACUCCUCGCGGUGCACAUUUGGCUUUUACGAAUGCCCUGUAUAUAUCUUCUCAAACUCUGUCUUUGUAUGGACGUUGGUUUGAUACAAUGCUAAAUCUGUAGUAGCCACAUUUUUGUUGUUUUUGGAUGUGUGUGUGUGUGUGUGCCUGCCUGCACACGUGUGCACGUUGCCUUUUCUCAUAUGCUUAUCUGAAACAAUAGCUGGUGUGUGGCUAUAUUUGUACCAGGAGGGUUCCGGUCUGAAGGGAGGAAUGUCACCUCCUGGGGCUGGACAGCCUUUUGACAGGGCCCUGAGGGAGGAGAGCUGGUAUUAGCUGUCCAAGCCCCGCAAAGUCACCACCUUCUGUCCCCACUUCAUAAAAAGUUUUGUGAGAAGACUAAGCAGCUCCAUCCUAUGGGCCUCUGUCCUGUGGGACCCCGUCUCACAUGUCCUUUUGGCAUAGUGUCCUCUGCCUCGGCUCCUAUUCUGUUGUUAUCAACAGAUGAAGAAGAUCCAAGCACUCCUGGACCAUUUUAUUUUUUAAUUUUAUUUUUUUGUGUGAAAAAAUAUGUGACUCUUGACUUUCAGAAUGGUGGGGCUAGUUAUUUAGAUAUUUUUCAUUAAGAAAAAAGAGAAAAGGCUUAAAAAAUUCCUUGAAAUAUGACUGUCGCUUGUUUUCAAACAAAAACUUUUUAAGACUUUUUAAAACAAGAAUCACAAACAUGUCCCUCCAGCACUGCUCCCCAUCACCUGGGGUUUUCAAAAUGAAAGCACAAGGGAAAGAGUGAGGUGCACAGGUGCCCAGUAACACCCAGCAGGCUGACUUGGAGGCCAGUGACCUCCUUUUGUGCUGGUGAUUCCCACUGCCAUUAGUGUGAAUUCCUUAGGGUGCUUGGGAAAACAGGAAUCUGCCCAAAGGUUGGAUGUUGUCUUUCUAGUAGCCUGAAUAUGAGGAAUUCAAGACAGGAAAGUGUCUUUUUGUUAAGGAGUUGGAGCCAGAUGGUUCCUCUCUGGCUGCGGGUUAAUCUUUUGACAAGAAAAUGGCAUCCCGUGAGAAGAAGGAAAAAACAACACUGCCUCUAGAUUGUUCUUUUGUCUGGGGGGACGGGAGGAGGGGACAGGGAGAGAGAGAGGCUCUCUUAUUCACCUAUGCUCUGUGUUUUGAGGAGUGUGCCUGUGUGCUGUUUUGCUCUCAUGCUCAAGGCUGAGAGGGAGAGCUGGGCAGUAAACCUUUUCAGUGUGUGAUUCAGAAACAAGCACAUUCUCCCCACUGAACUCUGUUCAUACUAAUCAGUAUAAUUAGCUAAUUUCAAAGUACUGUAAUCAGACUGCCUGCAACUAUGGUAAAAGCCUAUUAAUUUGAAGCCCACUAAUUCAGAAUUUAUAGAAAAUCACAACUUAAGAUAAUUCAUGGUAUCUGUGAUUCCUGCGCUGUAGAAAUUUUUGAAAUAUUCUUCCCUUUAGUCAAUUUUCAGGGUCAUAUAUGUAAGAGGGAUCUAGUUAAAAUGAGCACAUUUUUCAAAUAAAAAGCUCAGGAUAUCAGGGAUCCCUUCACCGUGCCUUCAGCUUUGGGGUUCAGUGAUUCUUGUGUGUGAGGCUCUUUCCACAUAGGAUGAUCUCUUGGUCUCUCUCCAUUGUGGGAAUGUUGGGUGCUGCAGCUUUUCAUUCUCCUCCUUUAUUUACCUUAUGAAUAACAUAGUUUGUGAACUAGCUUGCAAUGUAAAGUAAUAUAACUGUGUAUCCUGCUGAAUAUUCUGUAAAGCAGAUGUUUCGCUAACAGGCUGGCCACUCCCAUCAUUUGCCCCCAAAUACUAAACAUACGGAGCUUUUCCUUUCACAGGCUGUGGGCAGUGAGUCUCUCUCUAGCAGGAAUUUUUCUGACAAAGAUAUCCAAAUAGCACACCCCCUCGGACUCAUUGCCUCAACAGUUGUUCCACUGUACUGAGACAUCUGACCGUUGAACAGUGCCUGCCCUUCUCCCGCCCCCAGCCUGAGCAUUAACACAGAUAUUCAAGAUUGGAACAAAUCCCACAGCUGCUUUUGCCUCCCGAUCUGUCUCUCCUUCCGGAUGCCACUUUCCCAGGCCUGAACACACCUGCUAUUUCACUCUGUGAUUGUGAAUUUGUGACAAUGGAAACCCUGAUCUGUGCAACUCAGCUUAUAGACAUGAUUACUGUGAAAUGGAUUAAUUUUGAUACCACUUUAAACUGUGCUUGUAUUCAUGUGUUGACCCAUGUCAGCUGGAAAAUCCGUACAUUCAGUACUAUGUCAGGAUUUCACUGGAGCCUGGGAGCAACAAACACACUUGCUUCUAAUUCACUCUCUCUCUCUCUCUUUUUAUAAUUGUUGAGUUUAGCUGUUAAAUUUUGUCUCUUUCUGUACAAAAAGAUAACUAAUAAUAAUAAAGAGCACCUGGCAUUCA